GCGACUAAAGUGCUUAUCAAAGAUGGCGUCUUCCACAAGUAUAAUUGACUCGACGUAAUUAACGAACAGCGAUUUUGAAGAGUUGUUUUGGAUCGCACAGGCCACAAAACAAAUGAAAGCAGCUCAGGCAUAUACCAUUGUACUCCAUUUGGUGGCAGUAUAACAUACUGAAAAGCUUUUCAAUUAUAGGCCUGCCCUACAGCAUCGUGAUUAGAUGUCAGUAGGUCACCGAAGGGAACCCAAGGGAACUCUAGGGUUUGGUCUUAAUUGUACACACACCCUCGUGAAUAUACACCCAUAUGCUCAUUUAAGAUAAUUAUCAUUAUUCACCUUUGCACUUACUCCAAUUGGGGACGAAGCCACUACAUUUUUAAUCACUGAAAUUAGAGUGUGUCAGUGUGGACUUUAGCUUUUAAGUAGUUCUUAGAUGCCAGGUAACACCAGUUCUUGGCGCUGACCUGGUCACUUCUACGGUUACAACCUUACGUCAAUAUUUUUAAUUACUCCUGUGCGAGUGCUCCAGUGACACUUUGAUUGUUAGUGAUCAUGUAUGAAAUAUUCAACUGCUAAUUAGUAACCUAUAAAUCAGCAAGUCAUUACUUUUCAGUCCUCAACAGGUUGUGUAUCUGUAUCAUUGAAAGUGAAUUACCAUCAAAUGAGGAAUAGCCUAAUUAUCACUAUCUCGACAAACAUAUUUGGAUCUGGUCCAGAACUGUUUAUUAAAUACUCUUGAUAUAUUGGUUGUUCUAACAGGUUCAUGAAAUAAAUGUUGCAUUAUAUUUAAUUAUAUUAUAUUAAAAAAUUUUUUUUUAUUAAAACACAUGCAUUUAUAUCUCGAUGCAAAAAUAAACAAAAAGAUAAAUUCAAUUUUUUUUUCUAAACCUCGUCACCCCUCAUGGCUGACCAAAUCAAAGGUCAUCACGGACCAACUUUGGCCCACGGGCCAAAAGAAAUUUGUUUUGUGUGUGUGUUUGCAAAUUUCUAUGAAACAAAUCACUUCUAAUCAUAUUUUUUAGCAUGUUUUAUCAUUUUUGUUUAUGUUGUUUUGAACUCAAAAUCACUUAACCAUUUAUUGGACUUGACCGUUAUUAAGGGUAAUUUUGGUUUAAACAGAUGUAACCAAAUUUUAAGUUUAUGCUAUUUUCUUCAAAUUUUGAGUGAGUGUAGCCCUAUCACAAGUUAGUACACACUUGCAUUCAUGCCUGCAUUCACCACCAUAGAUUUGUGUGUGUGUGUGUGUGUGUGUGUGUGUGUCUGACAGUGUGACAGUGUGUGUGCAAGCUUGUGUAGUAACAGGCCUCUGUGCUUACAUUAUUUAUGCUGGAAUGAGACCCAAGCUUAAGUUACACCAAGGCAAGUAGAGCUGACAAAUUAAGGUUUCUUCUACAGCGCUGCAACAGAACUAAAAACCUGACACACAUCCUCUCACUUACACAGACACACAGUCCUUGUCUGAGUCACUCAUGGAUGGCAUAUCAUAGUUGAUGACUGCAUGUGCUGGAAUUAUUUGUUUGUUCAUUUGCUGAGAAGUACAGGUAGGUGUGCCUCUCUAUCUUGAUGAUCAACAGAAGAAGAGAAGAGGAGUGUGUGAGUGCAUGUAAGGUUAUAGAAACAUACAGACGUACCUCAACAGAGGAUCUCUAUCUAAGAACAUCUGCUAGAGGGAUCCUUUUUCUAGACCACAUCUGGUGCUGUGGCAUGUGGAACCAUGUGAACAGAGAUUUAUACGUCUCUCUGUGUUGAAUUCAUCUAUGACAGUACUGAGAAGAGACAAAGUGAACUCACCUACAGAAAGGCGGUAGACUAGAAUGGUAUUAGAAGGAUAAAAUGCCACCCAAAAAAGACUUAAAAUCAGCAGCCAAGAAAGGAGGAAAGCCUGAACCAGAAAAAAGCAAACCAAAGGAAGAAGAAAAGAAAGGAAAAGAUGACAAAAAAGGAGCAAAAGAUGACAAGAAGGGUGGAAAAGAUGACAAGAAGGCAGGAAAGGAUGAUAAGAAGAAAGGAAAAGAAGAACCACCCAAGGGUAAAGGGAAAGAUGAUGGUAAGAAGGGAAAGGAUAAAGGCAAAGGAAAGAAAGAGGUUAUUGAAUCUGAUGAGGGCUCAGAUGCUGAGUUGAUGGAUGAAGAUUUGAGCGAGGAGGAUGAGGAUGAAGAGUCAGAUGGAGGCAAAAGAAAGCGUGGUGGUGGAAAAGAUGCUAAAGGUAAAACUGCAAAGGGAAAGUCCAAAUCUAGACAGCCUGAUUCUGAUGAAGAUGAGGAUGAUGAAGAUGAUGAAGAUGAUGAUGAAGAAGAUGAGGAGGAAAGUGAAGAGGAGGAUAGGAAAGGAAAGAAGAAAUCAAAAGAUCAUCAUAAAUCUAAAGCUGAGGAAGAUGGAAAGAAGAAGAAAGCAAAAAAGAAGGAAGUGCCUCCACCUGAACCACCACCUGAAGAGAAAAAGAAAAGAGGACUCAAAAAUACCUCAAAACUCUUUAUGAGGUUCUCUGGAUUUAAGAAAAGGAAGAGCUCAAAGAAGCGACUUAAGAGCACUUCCAAGCUGUUUCUUGGACUUGGCAAAAGGAAGAAUCGUUUGCUUAAGAAAAAAAGGAGAAAAUCUCUCUUGAGAAAUGCUCCAAAGUUCAUGAUGCGUUUCAAAAACAGCAAAAAGAAGAAAAAAGAGAAGGAAAAAAAGGAGCCAUCAGGGCCGAAACCAACCUAUAUGCUUAUUAAAUUAGGUGGCGAUUCUAAAGCAGCGGAGAAGAAACAGGGAUUUUUUAAAGGGCUUUUUGGGAAAAAGAAUGCAGGGGAUGGGACUGGUUUUAAAUAUAGGGGUCAAUUAUUAGGUAAGAUUGCUGGGGCAACAAACUGGCUGACCAAGAGGUUCCUCUCCGUUAAGGGGCGUCAAAAUGAAAAGGGUGAUGCCUGGAGCCGGAAAAACAACAAAAAAUAUCCAUUUUCUGCUGACAGUCGGCAAGCUAGCAUCCGAGCUCCUCCAGGGUAUCACAAUUAUGGAUAUGAACAUGACACUGGAGGAAAUGAUUAUAAUAAUCAGAGCAGGGUGGAUAGGGGUGCAUUUCACAGACAGUCAAUCCAGAGGAAUUCUAACAGGUAUAAUGAACAGUAUGCCCACAUGCAGGGACACUCUUCGUUUCCACAGCAAUACACACGAUAUGAGGAACCAAAUAACUAUUAUGAAAUGGAAUCACAUGAUCAAGGCUAUUAUGAGUUGCAGGAUGAAUACUAUGACCCUCACACAGCCAUGCAGGAUGAUGGUGAAUUUUAUGAUGAUGGCAUGGACUACAAUGACCCCUAUGGAGCACAGGAGCAGAUGGGCAAUUACCCACAGGAAAUGGGCUACUAUAGUCAACAGCAUCCACUGGAUCCAUAUUUCGAUGAUGGCAUUGAGUACUAUGAUGAUAGUCAGUAUCCAAUGGGGAACAGCUAUGAUCAAUAUGGGAAUGAAAUGGAUCUGUAUUCCCAGGCUGAGUUUGGAUAUUAUGAUGAUCUUCAGGGGUUCUAUGGUGACCCAUAUGAAGUUGAAAUAUCAGGUGAUCCAUAUAUGGAUGCUUAUGAGGAUUAUGGUGAUCUUUAUUUUCAGGAUUAUCAGGUUAAUUACAGUGAAUCAGAUGUUGAUCCAUAUCUGCAAUCUUCCUACAAUAUGUAUGAUCCAUAUAGUUAUCCAGUGCAAGAUAUUAUGGAAGGUGAAGAAGCUUUUGGAAUGUAUGGUGAGAAGUAUGGGGAUUUUUCUAUGGAGCCUGUGCCCUUUCACGGAGACAUGCAGUUCAGAGUCCCAAGACCACAGGUUAAGCUUUUUGGUAAGGAAAGGAUUGAUGUUGAGCUUCCUCCUUUGCCUCCACAAUAUGAUUUUGAAGAAAUGUCAGACAUACAGUAUGAAAAUUAUGCAUAUAUACCUGGAGCCUCAAUGAAUGAUGGUUUUUCACAGGCAAUGCAUCAGCAAGAAAUGUUUCAUCCCACAAUGCCUCAAGUGCCCACACCAACAGCCAUGCUAAUUAAGCAAGCAAAUAAUCCACAGGGAUAUGUCAGUCAACAUAUGUCACAUAUGGCUCAAGCUGGUGGUUUUCCACCAUCUCCCACACCAAGUCGGAGGUCAAUAGCAGGGAUGUCCUCCCCUCUGCAUAGGCCUAUGUCACCCAUGGUACCCAUGGAACCCAUGGCAAGUUUUGGAGAGCCGGUAAUGCAAGUAAGACGUUCCCCUGUACCUAUACGCAGACCAAGCCCCCAUGCCUCCCCACAGCUAUCCAUGCAUCCUGCUGGUCCACUCCCCAUGAGAAGAAGCCUAUCCCCACAGCCCUCUGUGCGUGGCAUUGGAGGCAUGGGAGCACCUCCAUCGCCAAGACUAGCCAGAGGUGUGCCCUCUCCAAUAAGCCAUGUUCAACACACUCCGUCUCCAAUUGGACGCAGAAUGAGCCCACCUGUUUCUCCAGCACUUUCUAGACGUUUACCACCUCAGGCUCUAUUUAGAGAAGGGCCACCCACUUCACCAACAGUCCCUAGACGUUUACAGCCUCAGGCUCCAUUCAGAGAAAGUCCACCUGCUUCACCAACAGUCCGUAGACGUUUGCAGCCUCAGGCAUCUUUUAGAGAAGCACCACCAUCUCCCCAGCCAAUGCCUGGCCGUAUGCCCUCACGAGCUCCAUCUCUCUAUACCAGUCCUCCAGCUUCACCUCGUGCAUCUAUUCGGAGGAGAAGCCCACCACAGUCCCCUCGUGCCUCAAUUAGGAGACCCAGUCCACCCUCUUCACCCUCACAAGUUCAUCGUCCAUUUGGUGCCAAGAAAUUUCAAGCCUCUCCAUCUCCACUUAGACGAAUGAGUCCUCCUUCUUCCCCUCAGAUGGGUAUGCAAGCCAUGGCCAGUGUUCAGCAGAGAGAUCUUCACAGACCACAGUCACCAUUAAUGCCACAAAGAGCAUCACCUACUCCCUCUCGAAGAAGUUUUACUGUGGAACCAGGCUCCCAGCAACCAGCAGUGCAAGGUAGAUCCCCCUCUCCCACCCUCUCCCGCAGGUCCACUCGCCUUAUGAAAGAUUCUCCACCUUUUGGGUCCCCUGGAGGUCGACUGCGAGGAAGGGGACGUCCAAACAUCCCCAUGGGAGCUGUGAAACCGUAUCCUGGCCGAGGGGGUCAUUCUGGAACUCCAACACAAAAUGUACGGCCAUUUAGAUCAUCUAUACGUAGUAACAGGUCCAUUAUGCAACAGGACUUCACAGCCUCCCCACAACUCUCAGGUCAUCAUAUUGGGAGAGGCAUAAGGGAACAAAGUCGUUUCAAUCCUGCAGGAACACCCAAUGCAAUGAGAAACCCACAGAGACCCAUUGGUCGUGGCCGUCCACUCAUGGCCAGACAGUCACUUAGGCGUGCACCAGGCAUGAUGCCCCCUUCACCACAGCUUUCUCAAAAACACAUGCCCCCUCCAUCUCCUCAGCCUUCCAUUAGACAUCUCUCCAGACCAGCCUCUCCUCAUCCAUCUAUCAUACAUGGUUCCCCAUUACCAAUGCGUCCCAGUUCUCCUAGGGCUCUGCCUACUUCUGUACUUUCUGGUCCUCCAGUAUAUGAUGCUUCAUUUGCAUCUCCUUUUCCCAUUGGUGCAGAGCCGAUCCCUGUAGAAUUUGAUCAGGUUAGUGGUGUACCUCAGUCACCAAUGCUUUCAAGUGCCCUUCAAAAUCAAAGGGUCCAUAAUGCAAGCUAUACUUCACAAUUCCAACAGCCUAUGUCGCCUUAUGCUACUGAGAUCAUUAAUGUUCCACAGGUUCCUGGUCAACCACCUUCACCAGUUUCCUCCUUUGCCCAGCAAAACCCUAAUCUAAGCCAUGCUGCACAGUUCUCCCAAUUGCAACCAGUACAAUCACCAUAUAAUCCUGAAAUGGUUGCACUGGAUCAGCAUACAGCAGAGAUGGCAUCUCCACUUUUGUCAAAUGCCUUACAAAAUACUCAGCUCAGAGAAGCUUCUUACAUGUCGCCCUUGCAAAGGCCAGGUUCACCUUAUGCUCCUGAAGUGGCUCAGUUUGGUGAGAUCCCUGAACAACCAUCUUUUUCUUCCCCAUAUGUUCCUCAAAUGGAAGCAUUUGAACAAGUUCCAGGUCAGCCAGCAUCACCUUUGCUGUCCAAUGCAAUUCACAAUCAACAACUUCACAAUGCAUCAUACAGAUCAUCCCUUCAGAUGCCACAUUCACCCUAUACUCAGGUGGAAGCAGGCUAUGAUUACAUUGAAGAGCCAGGUGCUGCCCCCCUUCUCUCUAAUGCUCUUCAAAAUCCAAAUGUCCGCAAUGCUUCCUACCGAACACAUUUACGUCGCAGGGGAUCCCGUGUUCCCCCUGGCUAUAGUCCAAGAGGAUCUCCAGUUCUUUCAACAGCUUUGCAGAACCAAAAUAUUCGUAAAGCAUCAUACCGAGGACCUGUUCAGGGAAUGGUCUCCCCUUAUGCACCUGUGCCAGGUUUUAGGCAGGACCCUAGGAAAUCUCCUUUUCUGUCUGAUGCACUGCACAACCCCCAACUUCGUGGUGCCACUUACCGAUUGCCUGAUGGGACAUUAGUAUAUGGUAAUCAGGGACUAAAUGUAAACUCUUCCCCAGUGCUUAUAGAUGCAAUUGGAAAUCCCCAGCUCCAGAAUGCUUCAUAUAGACUUCCUGCUGGGUCCAUAAUAGGCAUGGACCCACGACAGCAACAGUCUUACUCACCAAACCUCUCAAAUGCUUUGCAGAACCGAAACAUAAGAAAUGCCUCAUAUAGACUUCCAGAUGGAACAAUAAUAUACCCAGACUCUCAUUUACAGCAACCUUCUUCUCCAAACUUGUCCAGUGCCUUACAGAAUUCAAAUCUGAAAAAUGCAACUUAUAGACUUCCAGAUGGAACUCUUGUAACAGCAGGACAACAACGGCAAACCUCACCAAACCUGUCACAUGCACUUCAGAAUGAGAAUAUUAGGAAGGCAUCAUAUAGACUGCCAGAUGGGACAAUAAUAGUGACUGAUCAGCCAAUGGAACCAACAUCUCCAAAUCUAGCCAAUGCACUCCAAAACCAAAACAUUAGAAAUGCAACUUACAGAUUGCCGGACGGCACAUUAAUAACAACAGAUCAGCCAAUGCAACCAACAUCUCCAAAUCUAGCCAAUGCACUCCAAAACCAAAACAUUAGAAAUGCAACUUACAGAUUGCCGGACGGCACAUUAAUAACAACAGACUAUGGGCAAUCUAAACCUACUUCCCCAAAUUUAUCAGCGGCACUUCAGAACCAACAAAUGAGAAAUGCCAGCUAUCGUUUACCCGAUGGGUCAAUUAUAAGUGGACCAAGUUAUGAAGUUAAGUCUCCAAAUUUGUCAAGCGCGCUUCGGAAUCAGGAUAUUCGUAAUGCUACCUACAGGUUACCUGAUGGCUCCAUAAUAAGUGCUGAUGCAAGUUAUAAACCUACAGCCCCAACUUUGUUCUCUGCCAUGAGAAAUGAUGAUCUGAGAAAUGUCUCCUAUAGGCUUCCAGAUGGAUCUGUUAUUUCACAAGCUUUAUAUAGACCAAUAAGUCCAAACAUUUCAAAUGCCUUACAGAAUGAAAACAUUCGCAGGGCCACUUACCAGCUACCAGAUGGAUCUGUUAUUUCAGCAGAUCCUCGAAAAAAUAAAAGUCCAAAUCUAUCACAGGCACUUCUAAAUCAAAACCUCCGCAAUGUCAAAUACAGAUUACCUGAUGGAUCAGUCCUCGCUCAAGGAUUUGCAGUUCCAACAACGCCACAAUUAAUGGAUGCUCUAAAGAAUCCUAACCUGAAGAAAGCCUCUUACCAACUACCUUCAGGGAUCUCCAACUAUAUGAUAUCCUCUGGGCAAGUGAUUAUUGGGCCAGAUGGCCGUUAUGUUGUGGUUCCACCACAGCAGAAAGGUCCAGGUGGGCCAGAAGAGCACUGGGCUCAGAAUGCCAGAGAGGGGCAAACUGCAGAGGACCUGUGGGCUGCAGAAAAAGUCUUGCCUCAUGAUACAGUACAGAACCUCAUCAAAUGGUCUAUGUAUCGUGAUGAGAAAAUGAUGGAAUUCCUUACCCCCCCGCCCGCUGGUUUUAGGCCAGGGGAAACAGAGCUGCACUGGGUACCAGAUCGUGAAGGGGAGCCAAAAGGACAGUGGUAUGACAAGAUGUAUUCUAUAAGGAGCCUGCCUACUGUCAGCUACAGAGUGAAAAGGGAAGGGGAUGGAGUUGAGGACAUGACACAAAUGGAAGAGCUUACUGAGAAAGCAGUAUUGAUAAACAUGAAGACUCGCUUUGAUCAAGAGCUUAUCUAUACAUACAUUGGCAGUAUUCUGGUAUCUGUGAAUCCAUACCAGCUAUUUAACAUCUAUGGCACAGAUAUGGUUCUGCAGUAUGAGGGCCAUGGCUUAGGAGAUAACCCACCUCAUCUCUUUGCCAUUGCAAACAUUGCCUACACAACAAUGAUGGACGACAAACGAAACCAGUGCAUCAUUAUCAGUGGUGAAAGUGGUUCUGGAAAGACAGAGGCGACAAAACUGGUUCUGAGGUACCUCACUGCUAUUCACCAUAAGAGGAACAUUACACAACAGAUUGAGAUUCUAGAGGCAACUCCUCUGUUAGAGUCAUUUGGGAAUGCAAAGACGGUCCGAAAUGAUAACUCCAGUCGCUUUGGAAAAUUUGUGGAGGUCUUUUUGGAGGAAGGGGUGAUCAGUGGUGCCAUAACCUCGCAGUAUCUACUGGAGAAGUCCAGGAUCGUUUUUCAGGCCAAAGAUGAGAGAAACUACCACAUCUUUUAUGAGAUGCUGGCUGGACUUCCUACUCACAUGAAACGAGCUUUCUACCUACAAGAGGCCGAAACCUAUUACUACCUGAACCAGGGUGGUAACUGUGAGAUCAUUGGGAAAGAUGAUGGGGAGGACUUCAGGAGGCUACAGAGUGCCAUGGACAUUCUCCACUUCAGUCCUGAAGACCAGAGCAGCAUAUUCAGAGUGCUGUCAUCUAUACUGCACCUGGGCAAUGUUUUUUUCCAUAGAAUAGAGACAGAAGUGCAGGAGACAGCUGGUGUGGUGAGCACUCAGGAAAUUCGUGCUGUAGCCGAUCUGUUGCUGAUUUCUCCAGAGGGUCUGCAGAAAGCCAUCACCUUCAAAGUGACGGAGGCAAUGAGAGAGAAGAUAUACACUCCCCUCUCAGUAGAAAGUGCUGUGGAUGCCAGAGAUGCAGUUGCCAAGAUCCUUUAUUCCUUGCUCUUUCAUUGGCUGACAGAACGUAUCAACGGACGGGUCUACCCCAGGAAUGAGGCGCUGUCCAUAUCUUUACUGGAUAUAUACGGGUUUGAGAGCUUGAUGUUCAACAGCUUUGAGCAGCUCUGUAUCAACUAUGCCAAUGAGACCCUGCAGUUCUUCUUCAGCAAAAUUAUUUUCAAACAGGAGCAGGAAGAGUACAUUCGAGAGCAAAUCAACUGGAAAGAACUGACCUUCACUGACAACCAGGCAUGCAUAGACCUUAUCGCUGCAAAGCCCCAUGGGAUACUCCGCAUCCUUGAUGAUCAGAGCGGCUUUCCGCAGGCCACUGACAACACCUUCCUUCAGAAGUGCCACUAUCACCAUGGAAACAACCCUCUUUACUCCAAGCCAAAAAUGCCACUGCCAGAGUUUACUGUCUAUCACUACGCUGGCCGUGUAACUUACCAGGUCCAUAAGUUCCUGGAUAAGAACUACGAUCAGGUUCGGCAGGAAGUGUUGGAUCUGUUUAUGCAGAGCCAGAACCGAAUGGUGUCCAAUCUCUUCAUAAGGCAUGCUGAGAUGCUGAAUCAGCAAAAAGGAGCAAUGAACAGGAACAGCACAGUGACUCGGAAAUAUCAGCCAUCUACUGUGGCUGCCAAGUUCCAGCAAUCACUACAGGAGCUCCUAGACAAAAUGGAGAGGUGCAACCCAUAUUUUGUGCGCUGCAUAAAGCCAAAUAAUAACAAGGAGCCUGGUAUAUUUGACCCUGAGUUGGUCGCUACUCAGCUCAGAUAUUCAGGAAUCUUGGACACAAUCCGCAUCAGGAAAGAGGGCUAUCCAGUCAGAGUGCCGUUCCAUAAAUUCUUAAACAGGUACAAAGCCCUGCUGGGAAUGAAGAAGCCACCACCUCCAGAUGGAGAUAACUGUGUCAUUAUGUUAAUGAAGCUUUGCCCAAUCAACAAAGGAGAUUAUCAAGUGGGUGUGUCAAAGAUCUUUCUAAAGGAGGAAGUGAAUCAGUUAUUGGAGAGUAAACGUGAUCGUAUGAUGCAUGUAGCUGCACUGACCCUUCAGCGCUACGUACGGAUGUAUUUUGUACGCAAGAACUUCCUCAAGUUCCGUUCAGACAUGACAAAUCUUCAGGCUCGCUGCAAGGGCUACCUGGCCAGGCGACGGUUUCUGCGAAUGCGUAUAAACCUGAUCAGGCACCGCGCGAUGGUCCGACUCAUUGUCAACCGCAAAAGAUACAUCCGGCUCAACAUCUUCUUAGCAAGAAGAGCAGAGGAAGAGAGGAGAAGGAUUGAACUGGAGCGAACAAGCAGGGAGGUGGUAAAUGUGACUCAGCUGGUUAUUCCUGCAGAGUUGGGAGGAUUGUUACAGGCCACAGCAGCUGGUAGGGAACGUCAUUCAGACUGCUUGGCUCUGGUUCAGGCUCCUAGAAUACAGACAGACCCCCAGCUCACUCUUCCACUGGACAUCAACAACUAUUUGAUGACCAAAUAUAUACGCACCCAUUUCAGGGAAUUGCAGUUUGGGAUGCUAACAGCACCGCUGGAGAACUCACUGACCCGUCUAGUAGACGAUCUGAAACAGGAUGCUCUAGAUGUGUUUAUACUGAUUUUGAGGUUCAUGGGAGAUCCAAACCUGAAUGGAGCUCAAGAAAACCUGUUUGGAAAUUACAUAAUUCAGAGAGGCCUUGCCACUCCACCAAUCAGAGAUGAGAUCCUAGCGCAAAUAGCCAAUCAGGUGUGGCGGAAUGAAAACAGCAGAAAUGCAGAGAGAGGUUGGCUGUUGAUGGCUGCCUGUUUGAGUUCCUUUGCCCCAUCUGAGAAGAUGGAGAAAUAUCUGCUAAAAUUUGUGUCAGACUAUGCUCUGAAUGGCUUUAAGGCACUAUGCCAACACAAACUCCUCCAAGCCAUGCAGAAAUCUUACCUAGUCCCUGAAGCAUCGCGAACAUACCCUCCAUCCCUGCUGGAGUGGACUGCCACCCGCAAGAAAGCACACAUGGUUCUCCAGGUGCACUGUUUUGAUGGUGUCUCUUUCCUGUGUCCUGUCCACUCCUGGACCAAUGGAGAGGGCCUUGCAGGAGACAUUCUACAACACAGGGGCGUGUCCACCGAGAGUCGAUGGGGUUGGUCCGUUCUGAUGAAGGAGCUGGCGCAGUGGGUGGAGUUAGAGGGUCAUGAUUUUGUUCUCGAUCUGGUGUGCGACCUGGAGCUGCUGCCAGACUUCCCUAAACAGAAAACAUACUUCAUCAUCUCUACUGAAGACCCCAGCAAAGCACGACCUAACGCGAGCAUAAGUCUUUUUGGCAGUGGAUUUGAAGAGGAUGAGGAGGGGCCGCUCUCAUACGCCAACCGAACGAGCGCCAUUGCAACCAACAGCCUACCGAUUUCUGAAGGCCACUACAGUCUGGACUCAGAACCAUCCUAUGAUGCCACUCAGCGUGGGAUGGACCGGUAUUUGGACAGCCUCUUUGACCCAGUUCUGUCUGAUGGAACUGGGGACCUUGAUGCUUCAGUUUUGUCUGGUAGGAUGAAGGGUGGAGGAGGUGUAGGUGGAGAUGAAGCACAGUCUCCUGCUAGAGUCACUCUCUCAGCCGCUCUUCAGCCUGGAGCAGUGAGAGUUCUGCCACCCAUACCUGGCACUUCAGUCAUGCCCAGUAUGCCAGCGGUGCCAGACCAACAGCAAACUGUCCUGGCCCAACAGCAACAAACCAUCAUCAACCAGCAGGCCGUCAUUAUGGCUCAGCAGAUGACCAUGCAGGCGAUGGCUAUGGUGACCAGUCCAGUGUCCAGUCCACCAAUGUCUCCCCUCACCAGCCCUCCAACCAGUCCUCCUCCCACUCCUUACAGCACUCUGCCACCCAGCCCGUACCCUGCCAUCCCUCCCAGCCCUUACGCAAACAUCCCCCCCAGCCCUUAUGCCCCACUUCCCCUGUCCGCGUACACAAGCCCCCCGAUGACCCCGCACCCGGCUGUCGCCUCCACCUCGAUCUAUGCCACCCCCAGCACAUCAGAAGGGCAACGUGAGCCCCUGAAGAAGAACAGCCCCCCAACUCCGCAGCCGCGGAACACCAAGACGACACAGGCUGCAUCAUCUAAUGGGUCAUUAGGGAAGAAACAAGCCCCCGCUGCACCAAUUAAACUUGACAGCAGGCCUGCUAAAAGACAUGCUCCUGUUGCGGUCACGGGUCCAAUGCGUUCUGCUCCGGCUCCUGGCACAGAGGUGGUGAAAUAUUCUGUCUCUAACUCCGAGCACAUCGUUCCCAGCCACAACAUUAAAGACAUCAUUAAACAAUAUCAAACUCCGGCCCCAGAACCUGUGCCGCAAAUACAGAGGCGAGAUGGUAAAGGUUUUGUCAAGAAGUUAAACCCACAUGAUGAGGCAAUGCAAAUCCUAAAAACACAGAUGGACAAUCCACCUCCUCCAGAGAGAAAGCCUCCCACUCCAGCUGCUGUGUCCAGAGAUGGAGGCCUCAAACCAACUAAAAGCAGCAAGAAGAAAGCACCAGAACCUCCACUGACUUUACCACCACCAGUGUCCAGAGAUCUUCCAGUGGAAUCCGAGAGCAUCCAAACACAGCUGCAGAGGAGCAGCACAGAGGAGCAUUACACCUACACAAAUGUUCCCUGGAAAAUCUACCUCAGGAAGGAGGUCUUCUAUCCCAAAGACAGUUGGAACCAUCCUCUAGUGCUGGACCUCAUCUUCAAACAGAUCGUUAUUGACACAUUUACAGAGGCCUGUGUGCGCAUUACUAAAGAGGAGAGACAGAAGAUGAAAUCCUUGUUUGCUCAAUAUGGCAUCGAGCCGAACACAGAUGUUCAGGAUGAGAGUGUGAAGAAAGCUGUGAUUGCUGCUGCCAGGGAGUCAUGGGAGAUUUAUUUUUCUCGCCUUUUUCCUGCCUCUGGCAGUGUGGGAACUGGAGUGCAGGUGUUGGCAGUGUCUCAUUCUGGGAUCAAACUUUUAAAGACAGUGAAAAGCAGCACUGCAGCUCCAGACUACUUCCGAGUGCUCCGUCCGUACAGCUACACAGAUAUCCUGUUUGUGACCAUCCCGUCUCAGAACAUGCUGGAGUUUAAUCUGAUGAAUGAGAAACUGAUUCUGUUUUCGGCCAAAGCUCCUCAGAUCAAACAGAUGAUUGAUCUCUUCAUCUCUCAUCUUAAGAAGGAUUCUGAAUUUGUUGUAGCAGAGAGAAACUUCAUCACAGAGGACAGAGCUCUUUUAAACUUCCAUAAAGGAGAUAUCAUUCGUCUGCAGGCCAUGGAUGGAUUAGAGGAGGGUCAGAGUUACGGCUGUGUGGUGAAGAAAAAGGUCGUUUACCUCGAGGAGCUAAAGAGAGGCACACCAGAUUUUGGCUGGAGGUUUGGAGCAGUGCAGGGUCGGAGUGGAGCGUUCCCCAUGGAGUGUGUGGUUCCUGUAGCUGCUCCUGAUUUCCUGAGUCUCCCGGCAGAGAGAAGAGACGAGCCGAGAGAUAGACAGGGCCGAGUGGCAGCAUCAGGAGCUAUCGCUCUCGCCGUGGCCUCCACUGCGGCUGCUCACGAACUAGAUCCCUCACUAGAGUCUGAUGGAUUCGGGGAUUUUGGUGACUCUGAAGUUGAGGGGAAUGUUAUUUUGGACAGCCAGUACAACAUGGUGGAGUUUGCCAAGAAAUAUUUCAGAACAUCAAAUGGAAACAAGAGUGAUUCGUUCAGAGAUAAGUCCAAAAAAGGUAAAGGAAACAAAGACCCUGCAGAGAUGGUGAAAUUCAGCAAGAACCCUAUCCUAGAGUCCCUCAUAGACUUCACUGACCCCAACAUGAACCGGGUUGCUUCUGAAAUUUUCCUAGCCAUAAUGAAGUUCAUGGGAGAUCAUCCCCUCAGGGGCCAAUCAGAGCAAUUUGUGGUUUGCACCUUCCUUAAGUUAACGGGUGAAUAUGGACUGAUGAAGGAUGAGGCAUACUGUCAAGUCCUCAAACAGAUUACAGCCAAUACCAGCUCUAAACCUGACAGCUGUCAGAAGGGCUGGCGCUUGCUCUACAUUCUGACUGCUUUUUACCGCUGCUCUGAAGUUCUGAAACCAUUCUUACUUAAGUUCCUACGAGACGUCUGCAGAAGUCCUGAAGUGCAUUUUCAUGGAAUUGCUAAAGCUUGUGAGCAGAAUCUGAGAAAGACCUUUCAGUUUGGUGGCAGGAGUGUUUACCCCAGUAAUAUGGAGCUCAAAGCCAUAAUGGCUGGUCGAAGCUCAAAGCGGCAGCUGUUUCUAUUUCCAGGUGGAAUUGAGAGACAUUUGAAGAUCAAAACCUGCUCCGUGGCACUGGAUGUCAUAGAGGAGUUGUGUUAUGAGAUGGCGUUACAAAGGCUGGAGGCAAUGGAUGAGUACACAAUUUUCAUAGUCACUAACAGAGGUCAGAAUGUGCGACCCCUCAAUAAGAGAGAGUACAUAUUAGACAUCGCAACAGAAGCGGAGCAAAUUGAUACCAACUACAGCUUCUGGUUCAGACGAGUCAUCUGGGCCCAUCCGCUAAAGUUUGACAACGAGCUCUGUGUCACAAUGCACUAUAACCAGGUUCUGCCAGACUACCUGAAGGGCCUGCUGAAUAUCGUACCUCAGGGAAAGAUCAGUGAACAGCAGUUUAACCAGUUUGCCAAACUUGCUGCUCUUCAACACAGAGCCAAAGACAGUCUCUACACACCUACUAUUCAUGAGUUGACAGAGUACAUCCCAGUUGAGAUCUUUGGCAGACAGGUGCCUCAGCAGUGGAUGCAACUGGUUGCCCAACAUGUACAUGCCGUCCAAAGCCUGAACCCUCACCAGGCCAGAUCCCAGUUCCUGGGUUUGGUGUGUGCAUUUCCCAUGUUUGGAUCGUCCUUCUUUUACAUCCAAAGCAGCAGCAACAGCACCAUCUCUGCACCAUGCAUCCUCGCUGUCAAUCAGAAUGGACUGCACUUCCUGCACAAAGACACUCAUGAGGUGCAGGUGAAGUUCCAGCUGAAGCUGGUUCAGUCAGCUCACACACAGCGGCCCAGCGCUGGAUCCAGUUACCCUUAUGUAGACAUCCUGAUAGGAGACUUAACCAACCACAGAGUCACACAGUUACAGCUGGAACAGGGUCUGGAGCUGUGUCGGGUUAUCGCCAUGCACAUUGAGAAUAUGCUCUCCGUGCGAGAGAAGAGGCUGACGCUGCCACCCAGUGAAAUCACCAUGCUGUAACAAAUCACAUUUCUAUGCAUUCUCUAUGUGUAAUUUUUUAUGUAUUGAUUAUCUCAUCAUAUCUAAACCAAACCUCUCAAUGCAAUGUUUGCACUAAUCAUGUGUAUUUGUUCACAUGUUAUGUAAAGAAGACACACAAUGAAUGAAAAGCAUUAUUUUUGUACUGAAUGUGUAAUAUUUAUACAGAUGAUUAUUAUUUGCCUUGUUUUUGUGCAUCAAAAUUGUUCCUUGAUACCUUAGAUAAGUAAUCAAGGUAUAAAUGUUUUUAUAUUAAAACUUUUAACACAUGCACAUAUCAGUUAGAAAGAAGAGAAAUGUUACUCAGGAGAACACUGCAUGAAUGUAAUAUUUUUCAUUCUCAUUAUCUCACAAAUACUGACAAUGAAAUGGUAGUUUUUGAAGUAGUGCAAUGAGAAUUUUUCAGUCAAACUUUGUAUAUUUAGCUGUUAACAUAUGGGACCUGUGGGUUGUUAAAUUUGUAUUUUUAUAGUUUUCUUAAUUAAUUUAUUGAUUAUAGGCUAAGUUUAUAAAUUGUCUGACUGCAAUUGUCCAUAACUCCCCGUAUUUUGGAGAAACUGGAAUAUGAAGUUGACAUUUGUGUGAUCUAUAAUGAUCUAAUUAAUGAAUAAGAUUAAAAUACAGCAAAUUGGUAACUGCAUAAGCUGCCUGUUUUCAUUUUUUUAUUUUGUUUGCAUUCUGCAAAAUAAGAUAUCAAAAUGAGACUAAUAACCCCCCUUUAGGUUUGGAACAUAAUGGUCUUAUGUACAUUAUGGGUUUUAACUGGCUUGCAACUUUUGCACAUCAAUUCUUUUGUUGCAUAACCUUUUUAUGACAAAAGUUCAAAAUAAAAGUUCAAAAUAAAAACAUA